CCGCCACCACUCCCACCACCAUUCCUGUCUUCCCCUCCAACUGUAUGGUCUGUUAGUGCUUUUAGGAGCCAAAUGCGGGAUCAAAGAGCAUUGUUGUUGUUGAAUCUUUUGUUCAAACCUAAACCAAACAACCAAAAAAAGAAAGAAAAAUAACAAAAGACAAAAGAAAAAGAAAAGAAAAAAAUAAACCCAGAAACAAUAAAGAAAAGCCAGUCAUUGGUACCAAUCAACCUUUUCGCUUUCCCCAUCAAUCUAACAGUUCUGUUUUAUUAUUAUUAUUUUAUUUUUUUAUUGUUGUUAUUAUUUUUAUUUAUCAAAAUCUGAGAAAUACCCAUUUCACCAAACCAGGGGACUAACCAGAAAAACACAAAAAACAAAACAUAGAUUUUUUCCUUUAUGAUUUAUUUGUUUGGUUUUUUCCUAUUGAUUCCUUCCUCUACUCUCCACCCUUGUGGGUUUGUUGCAUAAAUGUUUGUUCUUCUUCUUCUUCUUCUUCUUCUUCUUCUUAGCGUUUGAAGAUUACACACAUUGUGUACCCUUCUCUUCUGUCUCUGGGUGGGGGAGAGAGAGAGAGAGAGAGAGAGAGAGAGGAAGAAAAGAGAUAAAAGGACGGAUUUUUAUAUGUGGGUUUUGAAGGAUGAAUGUGAACGACCAAGAGGAAUGAAUGUUUGGGAGGUAGUAGGGAAGGUUGAGAUAGAGAAGGUUCCUCAGAGAGAAUGAGCAAAGAAUACCGAGGCAUAGUGAAGGCCUGGGAAGCAACCGUGCGAAAAUCACAAGCUGUAGCAAAGAAAAGGGCUAGCAGUUUAUUCUCAACAAUGUCUGUAGCCCCUGCUGAUGAUGAACCUGGUGAAGUCUACCAUGCAGAGAAGGUCUUCUCCAAUGGAGAUUUCUACACUGGCCAAUGGGCAGAUUGCCUACCACAUGGCCAUGGAAAGUACCUCUGGACAGAUGGAUGUAUGUAUGUUGGUGAAUGGUCCAAAGGGAAAAAAAUGGGCAAAGGGAAAUUCAGCUGGCCUUCUGGUGCUACCUAUGAAGGCGAAUUCAAGAGUGGGUAUAUGGAUGGUAAAGGGACUUAUAUAGGUUCUGGUAAUGCUACCUAUAAGGGUUCUUGGGUUAUGAAUUUGAAGCAUGGACAAGGGACCAAAAGCUUUCCCAAUGGGGAUUACUAUGAGGGUGAAUGGAGAAGGGGGUUUCAGGAUGGACAUGGAAGGUACCAAUGGAAGAAUGGCAACCAUUAUAUUGGACAAUGGAGGAAUGGAAAAAUCCAUGGGAAUGGCACAAUGAUUUUGAGCAAUGGGAAUAGGUAUGAUGGGUCUUGGGAAGAGAAUUUCCCCAAAGGGAAUGGGACUUUUAGAUGGGGGGAUGGGAGUUUCUAUGUGGGUAUUUGGAGUAAAGACCCAAAAGAGCAGAAUGGAACUUAUUAUCCAUCUGGGUCUCCUGAGAGCAGCAUGGAAUGGGAUCCUCAGGAGGUGUUCACAGUGGAACUGAAUGAUUGCCAAAUAUGCCCUUGUGAGAAGAUUGAUAUUUUCCCUUCACAGAAGGUUCUGUCCGCAAAUGAUGGGGAGUUCUUGCAGAAACAAGCCAUAUAUAGGAAAGGACAUGAUGUGAAUGUGAGAAAUAGGAGGAAAUCAGCAGAUGUGAGGAUGAGCAAUUGUAGUAGGGACUUCAUUGGUGAUAAUGCUUCUGAUGGAUUUGAAGGGUUAGGAAAUCUUGAGCCCGAACGGUCGGUAAGAGGCAGCAGACAUCAGCCUCAGCCGUUCAAGAUACCUCCAGUGAAGAGACAGGGGGUAACAAUAUCUAAGGGUCACAAGAACUAUGAUCUCAUGCUUAAUCUUCAGCUGGGGAUCAGGCAUUCUGUGGGACGGCCGGCUCCAGCUACAUCCCUUGAUUUGAAGGCUUCAGCUUUUGACCCCAGAGAAAAAGUAUGGACAAAAUUUCCACCAGAAGGAUCCAAGUAUACUCCACCUCACCAGUCAUGUGAUUUUAGAUGGAAGGAUUACUGCCCACUGGUUUUCAGGACUCUCAGGAAAUUGUUCAAGGUUGACGCAGCUGAUUACAUGUUAUCCAUAUGCGGGAAUGAUGCCCUUCGGGAGCUCUCAUCUCCUGGAAAAAGCGGAAGCUUCUUUUACUUGACCAAUGAUGACCGCUACAUGAUUAAGACCAUGAAAAAGGCAGAAGUAAAAGUUUUUAUACGGAUGCUUCCUGCCUACUAUAAUCAUGUUCGAUCCUUCGAGAAUACUCUAGUCACCAAAUUUUACGGUCUUCAUUGUGUAAAACUACCUGGGACUUCCCAGAAGAAGGUGCGAUUUGUCAUUAUGGGGAACCUAUUCUGCUCCGACUACGCCAUUCACAGACGUUUUGACUUAAAAGGUUCAUCUCAUGGUCGUACAACUGACAAACCUGAGUCAGAAAUUGAUGCAACAACAACACUUAAAGACCUUGAUCUCAAUUACAUAUUUCGGUUGCAGAAGGUUUGGUUUCAAGAGUUCUGCAGGCAAGUGGACAGAGAUUGUGACUUUCUUGAACAAGAAAGGAUUAUGGACUACAGUCUAUUGGUUGGUCUUCACUUUCGAGAAUCGUCAUUUAGGGAGUCUCGUACGUCUCCAGAUUGCACUUCUGGAUCUCAAACUCCAACUGGAAAUGUAGAUCCUGACGAAGCAGGCCCUCGCCUCUCUAAAGCAGAUAUGGAGAAGACUCUUUAUGACCCUUCUCGAUGGGAAUCCACAAGAUUAGGUAUUCACAUGCAAGCACGUGCUGAAAGGACGGUGAGAAGAAGUGAUUGUGAAGCUCAGCUAGUUGGAGAACCUACAGGAGAACUUUAUGAUAUCAUCCUGUAUUUUGGUAUAAUUGACAUAUUGCAGGAUUAUGAUAUCAGCAAAAAGCUUGAACAUGCUUACAAGUCGAUCCAAUUCGAUCCAACUUCAAUCUCUGCUGUUGAUCCGAAACAGUACUCGAAAAGGUUUCGUGAUUUUAUCUUCAGAGUGUUUGUAGAAGAGACAUGAAGGUAUAGUUUUGAUCCAUAAUACUUUAACAUACAAAAAAGCUAGUGGUCAUCCAUGUAUAGUCGAUCUCUAGUCGAAAUGAUGGUUCUUGCUAGCAGAAGCUGAUCCACUUUGGCCAUUGACAUAGCCAUUGGAGUAUGGAAAAAAAUGUGGCUGCCAUGGUAAAAACAUGCUUUUGCUAUGUGGGAUUGUAAUAUUUUCCCAUCAUAAUCUGUUGUUAAUUUAUAGUUUUAUGAUCUGUCAUAAAGAAGCUAUAGAUUAAGUAGUAACCAAAAAGUCACUCACAAGCCUUUGUCAAAUUGUAAAGGAAAUAACCAAAAGAAGGGAACCUCAGUUGUAUGUGAUUCAUUUUGUAUCAAAAGAAAUUUUUUUCCCCAGAAGGUGAGGGUGUUUCUGGGAUUCCAGUGGUGAAUAAAAUUGUACAGAAGAUGGAACUGACCCUUUUCUUUUUUCUUUUCGUUUUUUUAUUCUUUAAAUUGUUUUUUGGGGAUUUUAUAACACUCCAGGUUCAAUGUUAGAAAAAUGUCAGGAAGCAGAACUUCAGUUUUACUAUUCUGUUUGUAGCUAUGAUAACACUGUAUUAUAUUUCCGUGGGUUUA